AUGUUAUUUGGACAACCCUAGCGAAUAGGGAGACACUCCAAAUACAACCAUUUUUUUGGCGUGUGUGUUGCAAAGACAAGCCGCUUGGCAAUCUAAAAAAAAGGGAAGCGAGUCGUGAAACGUUUUAAAAACACGCACGCCCGGCAUUGUAUUUUACAUUGGUGAAUAUCACCAAGCGCGUACAAAAGCAAAAGCAGAGGAAAAAAAAACAUGUCUGACGAAAAGAAGGGAGGCGAAACCGAGCACAUUAAUCUAAAAGUACUUGGACAGGACAAUGCCGUUGUCCAAUUUAAGAUUAAGAAACACACACCAUUGCGAAAACUCAUGAAUGCUUACUGCGACCGUGCCGGACUUUCCAUGCAGGUGGUGCGCUUCCGUUUUGACGGUCAGCCCAUCAAUGAGAACGACACUCCGACCUCGCUGGAGAUGGAGGAGGGCGAUACUAUUGAGGUGUACCAGCAGCAGACCGGCGGUGUUUAUUAAUUAUAUAUAGUUAAGCUAUAGUUACUCUCUUGAUUUAAACAAACAAAAAAACAAACAAGAAAACAUCAACAAACAAAAACAACAUCAACAUAAGCGAUCAUAUUAUUCUACAACAAAAUUAACUAAAGAAAAAUAAUAUCAAUUCUGUUCAAUAUCAAUUUGUACACAGAAUUGAUAACGGCUAAAAGGAUUAACCCCAAAAGAAAACAGACCUAACUAUUUGCUAAUUUAAACUGAAAGAAAAAAAUAAAGCAUUUUGUAAACUAUGAUUUAAGAAUGGAUGCGA